GCAACUGACAAUGGCGAUGAUCAAUGCUAGUGCUGCUGCGAGCGCAUUCGGGAUUGGAUCGAGUGGAUCGGGGAUUGGAUCGAGUGGAUCGCGGCUAGGAUCCAAGAGGGUUUUCUGUGGGCGCUGCUGCUCGCGACUUGUGGCGCCAUCGCUUUGGACGCGUGCCGGAACGAGUUGCGUCAGGGCGAAUAGCAAGAAUCAAAGCGAGAGCACUGCUUUGGACGACGCGGACGCGCUGGCUUCUCGAGACAGUAUGGAAGAUGGAGGUGGAAUCGACGUCCGAGGCAGUGUAGCGGAGGGAAAGAAUCAUGAAUCGGUGGAGACGGAGGGGGAAGAGAAGAGUCCAGUGUGGAUUUCUCGCGGGAGUUUGGAAUUCACUGGGGGAAGUGAUGCGAGCGAAGUGCUCGAAACUUUCACUGGCACCGACCAUAAAAACAACGAGGAAGAGUCUGGAAAGGUUGGGUCCGAGGCAUUCGAUUCCAGGCAGGAGAAAGAUCUGGACGAUAUCGAGCAGCAGUAUCUCUUGAAUGACAAGCUCGCGGCGAGCGGGAGUGGAGUCCAGGCCGCAGCAGAGUCGAUUACAGGGAACUCGGAGGCAGUCGGGGAGAAUCUGAAGAACUUGCUCCAGGAAACUCUUCCAGACGGAGGUAAAAAUCCAGUUUUUAGCACUCCAGAGACCCCGGAUUCUUCCCCCGGCGGAGAGAAUGCCAGUGCUUUUCUUCCCGGUUCCUCCGGACGAGACUGGAGAGUCUGGGCCACGGCGAUUCCAGACGAGCAGGAGAAACCCAAGAAAACUUUGGGGAAUAGCGAAUCAAAAUGCGACGAGGGAUCGAAAACAAAAGAUCCAGCCAAGAUUGCUGAUCGAUUGGGAUACUUGGAAGAGAUCGUGAUGAAAAAGGAUAACAGCAAAUCCCCCGAGGAUUACAAUCGCCGCGCAACUAUCUUUGAGAAGAGCGAUCAGGCAUUCAAAGCAGAGAAAUCUAACAAAGAAUCAACGGCAUCGUAGUUAUACUUUUCCUUCUUGUAUGUAAAUAAAAAGAAAGAAAAUCAGGGUUUUUUUU